AUGCUAUCUACAGGACAUGACAAGAUCGAGAGCAUGAUCAAAAGCAACCGCCAGGCGAUCAGAAACGAAAUGAAGAUACUUGUCCUUGACACUGAGGAGCCUCGUGGUUCUACACUGCACUGGCUGAAGAGCACAGAAGUCCUCUUUCGGGGUGGUUAUAGCAAUGCAGAAAGGAAUUCGUUUAAGCAGAUAGUCAUUUCCAAAACUAUUCGAUGUAUGCGUAACAUUGUGGAGGCAAUGCCUCAGCUUGACAUCCCCCUGUCUCGUCGAAACGACCCUUUCCGUUCUGUAAUUCUGAAUCUUCCUCCUGGGCUCAGAGGCGAUGAGUUCCCUCAAGGUGUCGUGCAUGCACUGUUAUCUCUCUGGCGUGAUCCCGGCGUGAAAGAGGCAGCUCGGCGGUCAGAGGAGUUUCAGUUGAGCGAUCACGCUGCCUACUUCUUAAAUGCUAUCGACCGCAUUUCCGCCCCGGGGUAUAUGCCCACGGACCAGGAUAUCCUGAGGGCCGGAUCCAAAGAUACUGGCGUCGAUGAGGUGGUCAUGCAGGUUGGAGAGCUGGUUUAUAAGUUCGUCCAGGUCAACGUACCAGCCGAAGACAGGAAGAAAUGGAUUAGUUGUUUCUCCGAAGUCAAAGUCUUGAUUUAUGUGGUCGAUCUGAGCCAAUACGAUCGUAUGUCACUUGCAGAUGAAAAUAUGACCUACAUCCAACAUACUCUGGAGACGUUUGAAUCGAUUUGCAAUGCACAAUGGUUUAGACAGACGCCGAUUGUCUUAUUGAUGGAUAAAAUCGAUGUUUUUUCUGAGAAGCUGGAGCAACUACCACUGAACCAAUACUUUCCGGGUUAUACGGGAUGCAAUUAUGAUACUGCAUGCGAAUUCAUGCUUCGACUCUUUGUGUCUCUCAACCGUAAUCCAUCCAGGCAGGUUUAUUCACACUUUGUUUCAACCACCGACAUGCAACAGAUGAAAUUUAUAUUGAGCGCCAUACAAGAUAUUUCCUUAAAUGCAAUUCACAGAAGGGGGUCCUACUAGUCCAAAAAUGAGUUAGUGGGACUUCAAGAGGAUACAUUACUACUGAAAUGUUGACGUGUGCACGUUGUACACCACUAGGCACACAUCUUCACCUUCAUCUCAAAGACGCUUCGAUAUCCGAAAACAUCGCUAUAUCAUUCAACUUGCAGCAUUCGUCCGGUAUGCUCCUUUCCAGUGGAAUGUCAUCGACUCGUCUCAGGGCAACCCAUCUCUUUUUGAUCGCACCUUGUUCCAGAAUGUAUAUUGGAGAGAAAGGAUCGAUCAAAUCGUGUCUUCGAUUCAGCCCAUAUUCCAAAUUUCACGGACCGGAAAGGCUGAUUUUGGAAAUGGAGGUUCACGUUCAGGAGUUACGAACUGUUGUAUAUUCCGCAACUGGCAAUAUCGUGUUACUUCUUCGAAACAAUCAUCUCAGUGAUUGAUUUGAAUCGAAUGGUCGGAUUCAAAAGUCUAAGUAUAUGUGGGUCAUUGUUGAUGCAGUCCUGAAUAUGAGAGGCACAAUGCUGUUUCAAGUUCCUUCAGUCGAAAAAGUCGAGUGAGAUUCUAAGUGUUGCACUGUAAGUAACUGUAAUAUUGCUACUAGUCAUGUAGUACGUAAUAAAACACCAUGAGGGGACAUGGCAUU